AUGCAGAGUUUGCAAGAGAAGGCCUCGGAAUGGAGUGGUGUUGAAACAGAUCAUGCUUUUGCCAUUGAUGAUACCAAUUUGUUUCAAAAGUUAGGGAUUCAAACUUUCAUAAACCUUUCCACAAAUUUCUACAACAGAGUUUAUGAUGAUGAGGAAGAGUGGUUUCGAUCGAUAUUUGCAAAGUCUGAUAAAGAAAAAGCAAUUCAAAAUCAGUAUGAAUUCCUUGUCCAGAGAAUGGGUGGUCCUUCUCUCUAUUCUCAAACAAGAGGACAUCCUGCUCUAAUAGCUCGACAUCGACCAUUUCCUGUGACACAUGAAGCUGCCAAGAGAUGGUUAUGUCACAUGCAACAAGCAUUGGACAACACUUCAGAUAUUGAUCAGGAUUCCAAGAUCAUGUUAAUCAACUUUUUCAGUCACACUGCAUAUUUUCUUGUGGCUGGAGUUGAGCAAAAGAAUCAAAGCCUUCAUCCUUGUAAGGAUGCACCCGGAAGGCACCCAUGUAAAAACUUUUAG